AUGGUGCUUUUCAAGCGGAAACCCGUCAAGUUCCUGCCACCACCGGAUAUUGAAGAUGGAAACACAGAGGUCUGGCACAUCCCCCAGACGGGAGAGAUUUUUGCAACAUACGAGGAGUAUCUGAACCGGAUGGAUUUUUACAAGCAGCGUCGAUUCAAUGAUCAGAUCACCGGCCACUCCGGCUUAACAUUUUUUGAAGCCUACAACAGCGAGCUCACUGGCGGUCGCGAGGUUGAAGCCGCGUUCCCUGAGGCGCUGAAAGGCCCCAUCCUGCGCAAGGUUCAGUUUCAGACCAUCUCGCGCCUGGAUAACCUUGUCGACAUGAUCUUUGAUGAAUUCAAGCACGACUACUAUCCUGGAGAGGAAGUGACGGUCACUGUCGAUGGCGGGGAGAGGAUCCAUGGGCUUGUCAGGGACAAGUCGACGUUUGGGCCACGGAUACUCGCCGACGGCUCCCGCACGCAACCGGUCACGCGAUACCUCGUUGUGAGCAAGGCGGAUCCCGACUCUGAGUCCAUGUUUACCGACGAACACAUCUGCCGCGACCGUGGAGUCUUCACCAAAGCCAUGUUGCGCUCCUUCAUCAAGAAGACGGUCACUCGAGAGGCCUGGAAUGGCGCGCCCUGGCUGGUCAAGGACGACUACGCCGGGCAGUACCACAUCGACACCCGCGUCCCCCCUCAUUUGCGGUACGACACCAAGCUCCAGGAGCGGAAACAGCUGCAGGCCCAGAAGCGUGCCGCCCCUCACGACGUCAACGGACACGGCUUGCACGCCGGCCCGGUCCGCUUGCCGGAGCUGAAGCCAGCACCCAAGAGCCACAAGGGCAAGCAUGGCCAGCAAGGCGGCAAAGGCCUGAAGUGGCCAUCUAACAUGUCCAUCAACGGCGUCAACGGUGCCCAUGACCACGCGCCCCCAGUCCGAGAGCCGACGCCGCCGCCUCCCCCUCCUCCGCCGAAAUACCCCAUCGAAGAUUUGCAACUGGAGCCAAAGGAGGGUAGCGUGCGGCCUCCGCUCAAAUUCAUGUGCAGGAAUUCUCCAGUCGAGUUGACGAAUGGAGACGCUAACCAUUCCGGCGAGCCGACAUACGACCACAUUGACAUGGCCUCGGUCGGCCCUCUGUUAGAGACGUGGGAUACCCUCAACGUCUACUGCGAAAUCUUCCAGCUCGACUCGUUUACCUUUGAUGACUUUGUCGAAGCCAUGUCCGUGUCCUCUACAGAAGUUCCCGUUCAGCUGUUUGACGAACUCCACUGCUCGGUGCUCAAGGUCUUGGUCGACUCGGAGCAAGAAGGCGGCAAGGUACGAAUCACGCUGCCCGAGCUCGAGGAGGACGACAGCGAGGAGGAGGACGAAGACGAAGACAUGGACGAGACGGCCGAGCCGACGCCGGAGCCGGAGCCCAAGCCGACGGGACGAGCUACCAGGAGCAGCUUGGCCAAGGCCGAGGCAGAGCGCCUCGCUGCAGAAGCUGCCGCCGCGGAGGAGGAGACGCUGCGGGCCGAGCUCGAGUCGAAGCACCGUGCCGAGGAACUGUUGCGCGAGUACGACUGGAUCGAGCACCUUCGCAAGCGAGACUUUGCAAACGGCGGCUGGGAGCGAAUUGUCGUCGGCCUGUUCCACCAGCUGUCGAAGAGCGAGCGCCAGGAGAAGCUCUGCGAGGAGCUCUUGUUGCAGCUCGUACCUCCUGAAACGGAGCCGACGCAGGAGGUGGUCCGCCAGCGAUACGGCGAGCUCGACGUCAACUUUCGCGUCAAGGCACUGCAGCUCCUCUGCAUGCUCACGAUGGAGACAAAGGCGGUCCGAGGGUACAUGGAGGACUGCAGCGAGACGAUGACCAAGUACCGUAAGGAACGAAUCGAGUGGCAGAGGAAGCGGAAGCAGGCUGUCGAGGAUCUGCGACAGCUCAACGAGGACCGCAAGGCGAUGCUCCCCGAGAGCACGCCAGCAGAAGAGUCAAAGGACGCGGUGAGCAAAGACGACGACGUCAAAAUGACGGACGCAGACGACUCGCAGUUGGACAAGGACGACGACGCAAACGGCACGGUCAACGGCAACGGUAACAGCAAACCCCAGAAGAAGCGACGUGGCCGCCAGUCCGACAAGCAGCGGAAGCUCGAAGAAGAAGACCGCAAGGCCAAGGAAAAGGAGGCCGAAGAGAAGGAGAAGGAAAAGACGCCCAAGGACAUCGUCAAGCUCCCGCCGCAGCAGAUGAAGCAGUACAACAAGAUCCUUAAGGAGAUCCAAAAGAAGGAAGACUUCAUCAAGGAGUGCGAGGACGAGGUGGCCGUCAUCGAAAAUGACCUGCGCGAGGCCGACUGCCCGAGGACGCGGGUGCUGGGCAAGGACAGGUUCUGGAACCGGUACUACUGGUUCGAGCGCAACGGCAUGCCGUACGCCGGACUGCCAAACAGCUCGACGGCGUGGGCCGAGUACGCCAACGGGUGCAUCUGGGUGCAAGGGCCGGACGAGCUGGAGCGCGAGGGCUACAUCGACGUGCCGGCGGAGCUGCAGAACGAGUACAAGGCCAAGUUCGACAUGACGGUGCCCGAGCGCAAGGCGAAGGAAGAAGGCGGGACGAGCAUCUUCAACGCGAACCAGUGGGGGUACAUCGCAGACCCGGAGAAGGUGGACCAGCUGAUCCGAUGGCUGGACCCGCGGGGCUUCAACGAGCUGAAGCUGCGCAAGGAGCUGCUCAACUACCGCGACAAGAUUGCGGCGCACAUGGACAACCGCAAGAAGUACCUGGGCAUCGGCGAGGAGAAGCAAGGAGAAGCGGCGACGACGACGACGGCGAAGCGGACGAGCUCGCGGAUCCGCGAUAAGACGCCCGAGAUGCGCAACUACCGGUGCCUGGCGUGGGAGAACACGAUGGCGCUGGAGGAGCUGGGCCACCUGCACAUGGACCAGCCGCCGCCGCCGCGGUCGAGGAAGCAGACGAAGAAGCGGGAGGCGCAGAGCGAGCCCGCGGGGCGUGGCGCGACCAAGGCGCGCAAGAAGUAG